ACAAUGAAAAUGGAGAUGGGUGGGCCUGAAAAUGGGGGAAAAGGCAAAAAUGUAGGGGGAGGAUAUUGUAGUAGGGAUUUCCCCCCUGAAGAUGACUGCUGCGCCAUUUGCUUCGAUGACUUCAACUUGCCAUCCAAGACUAGCUGUGGACACUGGUUUUGUUCCGGCUGUAUUCUGGAGCUGUGGAGAUACCGGCCAGAUUCUAAACAAUGCAAAUGCCCUAUAUGCGGAUGUUUGAUACUUAAUCUGGUUAUGCAGUCGUCGAUGCUGAUUCAGCCAGGAGAAGAAGUUGGUAAAAUUGUCCGCGACAUCCAACUAUACAAUAAUACUAACCUCGGGGGGUUCUCUGGCCUCUUAAUGAAAGCAGCAGGGCUGCCACUGCUAAUCAGGAGAGGCCUGUGGGAAAAUUUGAACAUUACUAUGUUGGAAUACUUAUGUAACUCAAUGCAUAAAAUUGGUCUGCUGUUGGGCGUCGUAUAUGAAGUUUUUGAGCUGCAAUUCUUCCCAAAUGGGGGGAUUGGGAUCGCGGUAUGGUUCGAUUUGUGCAUCUAUGGCUUGGUGGUGUUCCUUCUAUGGGAUGUUAUAUGGCAGAGAUGGAUGGUGGUCUUCAGACGAUUGCUUUGA